GCAGUCGAGGAGCCGUGAAGAAAAACGGUAAGCUUGAGGCUGCUAAGGUGGCAGCACUAGUGUCAAGACAUACCACCCGCAAACAUCCGCAAUUGGCGAAGCAGAGAGAUAGGCCGAAGCCAUAGAGAGAAGAGGCUGGCAGUGUACGUUACCUCUGCCAUUUCUCGGCCGAUUUAGGGCUUACUGCCGAUAUAAAAGCGUUACCUCUUGCAGUAGGUCCUUUAGUACUCUUUCAUGCGUCAUUUGCGCAUUUCCGGCCAAGAUACAUGAUAAAUAGCUAUGGUAACAGAAACUCCAAGUUCAGCAGCCAGCACUCUUCCACAAACAUGCAAUGGUGCAGUAGGUCAAUCUUUAGGAGUUCCUACACAACUGGAAGUGUCUAUGAUUGGAAGCGAUGCCCUUAAACUAACACCAAAUUAUUACGCUGGAGGAAUUUAUGGCUGGAGAAAGCGAUGUCUAUAUCUUUUAGUCAUUAUGCUGUUAAUUGUUGUUGUUAUUAACAUGGCUUUGACAGUAUGGAUCAUCAAAGUACUGGAUCUGACAACGGCCGGUAUGGGAAGUUUAACAUUUACAAAAUAUGGCGCACAAAUUCAAGGAGAAACAGAAUUUCUAAACUCUUUACAGGCAGCUAACAUUCAAUCGCUUAACAAUCAUCCUCUGAAGUUAGAAUCAUCAGGAAACAUCUCUUUAAUGGCUGUUGAUUAUUUCGGAAAUCCAACUAAUAAACUAACACUUG